AGCGGCGGCGCGAUGGUGUCGCUGGAAAUUUUAUCAAUACCGCGGCUGUCUAGUCGGUGACAGUCGCUCGUGAAAAGUACGUGGUCAUCUGACGGGGUUGGCAAGUCAGCGGAUAGCUCUAGUUCAGGAAACCAACAGCGACUGACGAACAACAUGGCCACCGAAGGCGGUCUAGCACCGGAUGCUGCUGCGGGUGCAGGUGCAGGUUCCGAUGGAAUCGUCGGAGGUCCGAGAACGCCUCAGCAGAUCGCCUCGCAGAAACGACUGCAGGCGACGCAGGCGCAGGUGGACGAGGUCGUCGACAUUAUGAAAACGAACGUUGAAAAGGUGUUGGAGCGUGAUCAAAAGCUGUCCGAGCUCGAUGAUCGAGCAGACGCGCUUCAGCAAGGAGCGUCGCAAUUUGAACAACAAGCAGGAAAACUGAAGAGGAAGUUCUGGUUACAAAAUCUGAAGAUGAUGAUCAUCAUGGGCGUCAUCGGAAUAAUCGUAUUGGCCAUCAUUGUUGCGAAAUUCAUGCCAGAAUCGACACCACCACCGCCACCCUAUGCCUAUCCACCACCAGGUAUGCCAGCUCAGGUUCCGGGUGCAGCUGUUCCGGGUGCCGCACCAGCCGCUGCACCAGGAGCUGCAGCGGGAGGAGCGGGUGGUACAAGUGGGCAACAGACCGCUGGUGCAGCGUUAGUUGGCAAUUUGAACGGCAUUCACAGCGUGAUGUAAAGAGAAAAAGAAAAGAAAGAAAGAAAGAAAGAAAGAAAGAAAGAAAGAAUAUUACACUUCUCCGUACUGUAUCGCAAUAAGAAUUUUCCAUGCUAAUCUCAAACGAGCGACGUGAUGUCUAUUGGCGUAAGCAUAUAAGUAAAAGAUAUACUAUAAAGUGUUAAAGAAAGAGAGAAAGCUUCGAUCGAUUCGUUAGACGCGUGUCCAAAAUUCUGAUCCCACAAUCACAGUACAGAUUUCUUUUUGACGUUUACAAUAAGAUAGAGGAAAGAAUCGAAUAAAUUAGAAUAUCGAUGAAAUAAACGUUUGAUCGAGGAACGAACAGCUAACGCGUUAACUGCCGCGAUCCGCAAUGAAGAAGACAAAGAUAAUAGCUGAUUCGUUAAAGAUAUUCCCUGUUUUCAAGCAACCGUUAAUCGUUAUCGUUUUAACCGCAUCAUAUCGAUCGCAGUGCAUACAAUCUGAGAACUUUUCGAGAAAAGAAGAACGAAAAAAAGACGCGUGGUGCAUAUUAGUAGUUCCUCUGUGCAGUUGUUAUGUGUUAAAAGUACGCUGCAAAAAGAAAAAAAAAAAAAGAAAUUAUAAAGUCGCAAGUUCCGUAAUAGCUUUUAGGGACAAUUUCUGUAUAUUAUUCACUUCCUGUUUGGUGGUGAAAGCUUAGAAAAUCGGUAGGGAAGUUGAUCGACCCUCCCAUAACGUUUAUUUCGUAAUGAAAAAAUAGCGAAUUAGAAAUAGAUAUUUCUGUAUGUCUGACUAACUGAGAAUUUUCAAUUCACGUAUUCCCUCGUAUAUGAUGAUCCUAGCCAAAAAAAAAGUUAAAGAAGGAACGAAUGAAAAAUAC